UAGUUUUGACAGCAACUGCUGAAGAAAAACUUCUGUCCCCAUCCGACCGUCGAUUGGUGUGUGUUCCGAAAAAUGGCAGCGCUCAUCAAAGGAUUAAAAUUAGUUAACCAAUUUUCAUCCAAAAACCCCGCCUUGCUUGUGCUGGCUGCGCGCAACGCACAUGGCUGGAACAAGGACUUUAAACCGAGCAAAUUCCCCGAAACGGAUAAGGAACGGGAAGCUGCCGCUCGGAAGUAUGGCUUGCAUCCUUCAGAAUACCAGCCGUACCCAGACGAUGGCACAGGCAUCGGAGACUAUCCCAAGCUGCCCGAUGUUCCAGUAGAAGCGCGCGAUCCCUAUUAUCCUUACGAUUUCCCGGAGCUGAAGAGAAAUCUUCACGAUCCGAUGCACGCCGAUACUCCUCUGUGGGCAGAGGAUCGCUAUGGUACCGCAGAGCCAACCCGUUUCUCGAUGAAGUUCUACUGGAUGUCGUUCCUCGGUUUACUGGCCGGGUGCUUUGCCGUCUAUUACUGGCUAGAAGAUUACAAAAUGUUCCGACCGGUGAUGGCCAAGCAGUAUCCGCGCGAUGGGCCUCACUACACAUUUGAGAGAAAGUGAACGACGUUUGGCCGAGUGCAGUAUGUGUAGACGAUGGAAAGGCGGUACCAGUUAAUGACAUGGUAGGAGUGUCAAGAGAAGUGCAUUCUCAAGUGUUCGCUGUUCUGCCAUGAUGCAAAGAUUGUGUAAAUAAAUUGGUGGAAAAUUAA